GAGGAACGUUGAAAGUUGAACGCGGUCAAGGUCAAGCCCGGUUCUCCGAUCUGAGCCGCCGGCGGCCGAGCCGAGCCCGACGAAGAUGGACUACUACAACAAACUCGUCCUCGCUCCAAUGGUUCGCGUUGGAACGCUACCGUUAAGGUUACUAGCUGCUGAUUAUGGUGCAGAUAUCACAUACGGGGAAGAGAUUAUUGACCAUAAGUUUGUCAAAUGCGAGCGAAGAGUCAAUGAACACAUUGGGUCCACCGAUUUUAUUGAGAAGGGAACAGAGAAUGUUGUUUUCAGAACCUGUAACGAAGAAAGAAACCGGGUGGUAUUUCAGAUAGGCACUUCUGAUGCAGUGAGAGCUCUCACUGCUGCGCAAAUGGUGUGUAAAGAUGUAGCAGCUAUAGACAUCAAUAUGGGUUGCCCUAAGUCAUUUUCCAUUAGUGGGGGUAUGGGUGCUGCACUAUUGACUAAACCAGAGCUAAUCCAUGAUAUUUUGACAACAUUAAAGAGGAACUUGGACACCCCAGUAACAUGUAAGAUUCGGCUUUUAAAAUCAUCUCAGGAUACGGUAGAACUAGCAAGGCGAAUCGAGAAAACUGGUGUUUCUGCUCUUGCUGUCCAUGGGAGAAGAGUAGCAGAUAGGCCCAGGGAUCCAGCUAAGUGGAGUGAGAUUGCUGAUGUUGUAGCAGCCUUAUCCAUUCCAGUUAUAGCAAAUGGUGACAUCUUCGAGUAUGAUGAUUUUCAAUGCAUCAAAGAUGCUACAGGUGCCUCAUCAGUGAUGGUUGCAAGAGGAGCUCUUUGGAAUGCUUCAAUAUUCUCUCCCAAAGGCAAAGUAUCUCAGGAAGACGUCAAAAGAGAAUAUAUUAGGAAGAGCAUCUUGUGGGACAAUGACAUUAAAAUCACAAAGCACACAUUGAAGGAGAUGAUUAUGCAUUAUUCAUCCCUUGAACUCCCAGAAGGGAAGGCCGUGAUCAAAUCAGAAUCCUUGGCAGAUUUAGCGCAACUUUAUGGGGAGGAAAAGUACUAUAAGUUUGUCCAUGAAAAAAGGUUAUUGGCAUGGGAGUAGAUGAAUCUUUAUAGUUUUGUUCAAGUGUUUCAAGAGUUUGUUUGUCAACCAAACAGAGACUAGUUUAUAAUUGUGCAGUAUUCUUUGUUUUAGAGACUUCGGAAGCAGAGAUGCCCUGUAGGUUGGGUUAGCCAAAGCUAUGGUGUUCUUGUCCCAAGUCCAGGGGCCUAUAAAGCUGAACCAACAUGGGGUUGUUGACGAGUUGUAGAACUAAUUUUGUGCUCUUCAAAAUUGCUGUGUUUAUAAAAUUCUGCUUAAAUUUUAAUUCCUUAUAUUGAGGGUUUUCAACAUUUGGAGGGGUUGUAUGAUUAAGUUGGAAGUAAUUGAGUGCGUGUGUAGGUGUAGCAUCAAUUUUCCUUGUUGACCUAUGAUGUAGGAGAUUGAGAUAUACUUUUAUGUUCAAGGAAAGGAAAAUCAUAAUUUUUUAAUAACUA